AUGGCCACGUCGCACACUCCGCCAUAUUUGGUGAUGAUCUGGUUCACUUUUUCUAUGGCCUCGUUCAAAAUGUUAAUUCCUGUUUGUUUGUCUAGAGAUUGGGUGGUGAUAACGUAUCUUGGUGCAGCCACCAAUUUCACCUUGAUCUGGUUCUGUUCUGUACUCAGAGCCUCGGCGGCAGUGAGAGCCUCUUUGAUAGCGCUGAUUCCCUCGUACGAGAAACACGACACUUCGAUGUCUGCUCUGCACUUGAUGGCCUGCGGAGUCAGUCUUCUGGAAAUGUGCUCCUUCAGGUCUUCCAACACCUCCUCAGAAGGCGGAGUUAUUUUGUUGAAGAUGGUUGGGUCGGUGAUGGAGAUCCGGAACGCGUCGAACGAGUGGCCGUAUUCUCGGCUCAAAGGCCAAGCAAUCGUCUCACACUCUUCUCUUGGACAGGUCGAUGUAUCCCUUGUCCUUGUCGACUCUCAGCACGACCGCGACUUCGUUUCUUCCCACUCUUAUAAGUUUUUGGAUGGAUCUAAUACGUCUUCUGGACAGUUCCGACAACAGAACCAUACCUUCAAUAUUGUCGUAUUCGAGCAGCUUGACGUAGGCCCCCAUCUCAGCGAUCUGCUGGACGUUGACCAUCACCACCUCGUCCACCUCGGGGUACUUGUUUUCGUAGAAUCUGCAGUUAGAUGUGCUCAUGGUGGGCAAUGGGUCGAUGAACUAAAAAUUUUCAGAAAUUAA